AUGGUCCGUGCUACUGCGCAGCAUUCUUCGGGUCAAAAGACAUAUGAGAUGGACGAGAUUGCCGAGAUUGUCCGUCGGAUUGGCCGCCAGCAAGGCCAAAAUGCACACUAUCGUACAUGCUACACUCUCCUGAAGAAAAGUCAAGAUCUCAUCCUCCAGACGUCGAACGAGCUGCUGGAUCUCUACCACUCCAAUGCAUUCGAGGAACCAGAAUCCGUCUCUACGAUUGCAGAUGACCUGCGCAACGACAUACAUGCCUUGAGCGCCCGAGAGCGCCGCGCACGGUCACAAUGGGACGAGUUUUUCGAGUCGGACAAGUGA